UGCGUUUUUUAGUGCGAAAUGCCCGCUUCACCUUUGAACGUAGUGACUUUGCCAUGGGGGUCAAAAACUUGAAAGCCAGUACUCGUUGCCUCUUGCUAAAUUUGGUUACCCACAUAUUCCGUCUCAUACCAUGAACACCUCUGACUAUGCCACGGAGAGGUAUCGAAUGAGCACGCCUUGUACUUUGCUUUCCAUAUCUCCGUCUCUUGCAGCCUUGCAUGUCGCCAGAUUUCAAAAUCUUCACCCUGAAACAGCUGGUAAUCUAAGCAGUACACACUGUUCAUACUGCGGGGCGUACGCAUUUGACGGACAGGGUUCCACCUUCGUUUUGAGACGCAACAAAAAGAAGAAGCGGACGGGAUAUCCCAAGAGAGUGUACAGGAGGGUCUGUCAUACGUGCGGACUUACUACCAACACUCUUGUCCCAUGUCUCGAUACGACAGCCAUCACUCAAUCAGAUGCUGCGCCAUCCCCACUCCCCUUGAAAAGAGCUCCAGAUAGUGCAAUAACCGAUGCUUCACUGGAUAAGUGCGACCUCCCUUCCAAGCAAGAGAUUCCAUCUCCGCAAACCUCGACGCUACCCACUCCAAUCGAACACUCGCUUCCUCCCCGGUCAAGGAAAAGUCAGGAAAAGAAAGCACAGACCCUGCGUGAAAUGCUUUCCCGUGACCGACAGAGGGAAGAGAUCAAGAAGACACAGAAGAAAAAUGACACUCAGGGAGGUUUGGCUGCUUUCUUGGAAGGUCUCUGAACGGCAUGCUUCCGGGGUGAGCGGUUCGUCGAGUUUGCGGAUUCUUAUCUGAACUGGUCACCGCGUCAGGUCUGGAACCUUUCAACUCCGCGUCGGCGUGAUUAUCUAUCGCACGUUGCACGUAAUGAGCGGAGCUCUGUGAUCGGCUGCUGCGCGAGAGGUAGGCGUGUGCUGCCUAUGGCAUUGAAGUAGGAGCACCCGAGACUUUCAGCAGAAUCUGUACCUGAUCUGAAAGCAUUGUUUAGACUGCAUAUACCCUUAUACUCACCUCUCAGAACAAGCCCUA